AUGAGUGAAACUUGUGCAAAUCCCCUGCUACUGGGGUGGAUCAAAGAAUGGCUAGAUCAGGCUAAGGAGCGCAACACUAAAGGAGUCACAGUGUAUAAAAAGGCCUAUGAAUCGAUGAAGGCUUGUCCGUUGGUCUUUCAGCACCCAUCUGAAGCCCAACAGUUGAACGGAUUAGGGCCAAAACUUUGCGAGAAGUUGACAAAUAAUCUCAAAGCCUACUGUACAGAAAAUGGGCUUCCCAUGCCCGAACCGCCUCAUAAGGCGAACAAAAGGACAUCUGGCGAAGGCGUAGAAGAUAACGAUAGCCAGCCGGCGAAGAAGGCCCGAAAACCGCGACCAUAUGUCCCAGCAUUACGUUCCGGGCCUUAUGCGUUACUCAUAGGCCUCUCAACUCUAGAUGAGAAUGCGUACCAAGGCAUGCCGAAAGCGCAGCUAAUUGAGGAGGCACAGCCAUAUUGCGACAGCUCUUUCACCGCUCCAAGUGAUCCUACCAAGUUUUUUACUGCAUGGAAUUCAAUGAAGACUUUGGUCCAGAAAGACCUUGUUUACGAACAUGGACGGCCACUUAAGAGAUAUGCUCUCACGGAAGAAGGAUGGGAGGUUGCAAAGAGGAUUAAGAAGACUUUGCCUGAGUCGGACCAAAAUCAAAACACAUUAUCAUUUGGAAACCAACCGGCCUCAACGGAGCAAAGCGGUGCUUCUCGACAGCAAGGCUCUGUCGUCGUGUCGGAAUUUCAGGAUGAAGAGCAAGAAGAACAAGAAGACCCGACAACCCUAAAUCACCGUAAUGAACAAGGAAACCACCCCAUGCAUGAAGGCCCAGUCACUCCUAUCGCUCUUCCCUCGGAUAGUUUCACAGUCCAGCUGGUUCUGGAUACUCGAGAAGUGCGCACCUCAAAAGACAGAGAUUAUAUCUCAAACGAACUCAUAAAAAAAGGCAUCCACCCCGAAGUACGUGCUCUUGAACUGGGCGAUGCAAUGUGGGUAGCCAAAUUCAAAGAUCCCAAAUUCAUAUCGCAAUACGGCGAAGAAGGCGACGAGGUGAUGUUGGACUGGAUCGUAGAACGAAAAAGACUCGACGAUCUCAUCGGCUCCAUUAAAGAUGGACGAUUCCACGAGCAAAAGUUCCGUCUCAAUCGCUCCGGCAUCAAAAAUGUUAUCUACUUAAUCGAAGAGUUCAACGUCACCCACGACUCCAGCAGUGCCAACGUACUGAAAUACCAAGAAAUGGUGGCUUCAGCUAUCGCCUCGACGCAGGUCGUCAACGGUUAUUUCGUCAAGAAGACUCGCAAUCUCGACGAAUCCAUUCGCUAUCUCGCCCAAAUGACAUCUCUCUUACGGAAAAUGUUCGAAUCCUCAUCAUCAUCUUCUUUACUUCCAACAAGCUCCCUCAGUCUCAUCCCGAGUCGACAACUCUCUUCAUCCCAGUCAUACCUCACUAAUCUCGAGAGUCUCCGAUCCCAAACCCCCUCUAUCACAUACGCCGUCACCUUCCCCACUUUCUCGGCGCUUACCUCUAAGUCCGACAUUUUAUCCCUCCGUGACAUCUUCUUAAAGAUGCUUAUGUGCACACGCGGCGUGACGGGAGACAAAGCUCUGGAGAUCCAGCGUCGGUGGCGCACUCCGCGCGAGCUGGUUGAAGCAUAUGAAGCUCUGGAUCCCAGGGACAGGGAGAAUAUGAUUUCUGAACAGAUGAAGACCUUGAUUGGGCGAAAGAAGGUGACCAAGGCUUUGAGUAAAAGGAUUGCCGAGAUUUGGGGUGAAUCGGGUUAG